UUCAUUCGCUCAGCUUUGCCCUGUGUACAUUGCCAGACCAAGAAGGGGUCCUUGCUCAAAGAUGUGCUCCAGACAGAGCUCCGGAGGCUGCCAUGGGAUGUCCUCCCAGUCCAGCGGCUGCCACAGUGGGGGCUCCUCCUGCUGUGGGGGCUCCAGCUCAGGAAGCAGUGGGGGCUCCGGCAAGAUCAUCAUCAGCUCUGGAGGUGGAGGAGGCGGAGGAGGUGGAUCCUGCUGCAGUGGGGGCUCCUCAGGCUACAGCAUGGGAGGAGGCUACAGCAGUGGAUCCAGUGGGGGAUCUGGCCAGAAGAUCAUUAUUAGCUCAGGUGGUGGUGGAGGAGGCUCCUCUGGAGGCUGCUGCAGUGGGGGAUCCAGUGGUGGGUCUUCAGGAGGCAAGAUCAUCAUUGGAGGUGGAAGUGGUGGCAGUUCCUCUGGAUGCUGCAGUGGGGGAUCCAGCAUGGGAGGAGGAUCCAGUGGUGGGUAUUCAGGAUCGAAGAGCAUCAUUGGAGGAGGAGGAGGUGGUGGGGGAUCCUCUGGAUGCUGCAGUGGGGGAUCCAGUGGUGGCUCUUCAGGAGGCGGUAUCAUCAUUGUAGGUGGAGGUAGUGGGGGAUCCUCUGGAGGCUACAGUGGAUCGAAGAGCAUCAUUGGAGGUGGAGGAGGCAGUGGAGGAUCAUCUGGAGGCUAUAGUGGAGGAUCCAGUGGUGGGUAUUCAGGGUCAAAGAGCAUCAUUGGAGGAGGAGGAAGUAGUGGGGGAUCCUCUGGAUGCUGCAGUGGGGGAUCCAGUGGUGGCUCUUCAGGAGGUGGUAUCAUCAUUGUUGGUGGAGGUAGUGGGGGAUCCUCUGGAGGGUCCAGUGGUGGGUAUUCAGGAUCAAAGAGCAUCAUUGGAGGAGGAGGUAGUGGAGGUUCCUCUGGAUGCUGCAGUGGAGGAUCCAGUGGUGGGUAUUCAGGAUCAAAGAGCAUCAUUGGAGGUGGAGGAGGUAGUGGAGGUUCCUCUGGAUGCUGCAGUGGGGGAUCCAGUGGUGGCUCCUCUGGAGGCAGUAUCAUCAUUGUAGGUGGAGGUAGUGGGGGAUCCUCUGGAGGAUCCAGUGGUGGCUAUUCAGGAUCAAAGAGCAUCAUUGGAGGAGGAGGAAGUAGUGGGGGAUCCUCUGGAUGCUGCAGUGGGGGAUCGAGUGGUGGCUCUUCAGGAGGCGGUAUCAUCAUUGUAGGUGGUGGUAGUGGGGGAUCCUCUGGAGGGUCCAGUGGUGGGUAUUCAGGAUCAAAGAGCAUCAUUGGAGGAGGAGGUAGUGGAGGUUCCUCUGGAUGCUGCAGUGGGGGCUCCUCAGGCUAUGGCAUGGGAGGAGGCUACAGCAGUGGAUCCAGUGGGGGAUCUGGCCAGAAGAUCAUUAUUAGCUCAGGUGGUGGUGGAGGAGGCUCAUCUGGAGGCUGCUGCAGUGGAGAAUCCAGUGGUGGGUCUUCAGGAGGCACAAUCAUCAUUGGAGGUGGAAGUGGUGGCGGUUCCUCUGGAUGCUGCAGCGGAGGAUCCAGUGGUGGUUCCUCAGGCCAGACAAUCGUCAUCAGCUCUGGAGGGGGCAGCGGAGGGUCCUACCAGUCCUCCCAGCAGAAAUGCCCUAUUGUCAUCCCCCACAUCCAACCCCAUCAAGCCAAGCAGUCCUGCCACUGGCCCUCCAGCCAGCAGAAGUAACAGCCACAGAAGCCCUGUUGUCAUCAAGAACAUCCCUGCUUUUGUCUUCUAUAUCUGCCUGUUUCCUCCCUGCAUGUCCUCUCCCCUUGUCUUCCCUCAAUGCUACACCCCUGUGCUGUGACCUCCCACAUGGAUCUUCUGUCUCAUCCAUAUGAAGACAAAUAAAGGUUACUGUGUACUAAGAGAA